GUCCAACCUACCUUCAUCACCUCCACCACCACCUCAGGCCUGCAGUCUCCCUCUCUCCCCCCUCUCACCCCUUUCUCUCCCCCCUGGAAGAGGACAACACAUUGGUCUGGAGAGUUGGUCCACCUCUACACCCUACCCCAGACCACCCUAGUCCCAACCAGACUCCAAACCCACAUCAUUCCACUCCACCCCUCCCCAAACAGACGAGGGGGAGAGAGGAGCUUCGCCCCCCUCAUCCCCUCCCUCCCUCCCUCCCUCUCUCUCUCUCCCUCCCAACAUGCACCCUCAGGACCUGAAUGUAAGACCCAUGGUGCAGUCCAUCCCAAGAUUGAAACCUUAAACCAUUCCAGUUGUACUCCACUGAGUAUUGAAGUAAAGCUAAAUGUUCUGAUGUGUAUGAGUGAAACUGGGCUGGAGGAGCAGUGACCGGACAGAAGAGAACAGGAUGUGACCUCAGCAUCAGCCCACCUCACUUCCUGUCCAUCUCAACCAUUAGAAAGACUGGAUCACAGGCCUCAAAUUCAAUCAAUCAAUCAAACUUUAUUUAUAAAGCCCUUUUUACAACAACAUUUCUCACAAAGUGCUUUACAGGAUUAACCUUAAUAAACCUAGUUUUUGACUUUCAAAGAGCAGGCAGGGGCACAGUGGCAAGGGAAAACCUCCUUACCUCUGACCUGUGUCUGGGCUUGGCUGCUUGUUGGAUCCAGACAGUAGUAUUGAAUCUAGAGGAGGCUUCCACUGACGGUAGCUAGCGCGUCAGCUUCUAUUAGGUUCGAGUAGGUUCGAGUAUGUUCUAGUAUGUUCUAUUAGGUUCAAGUAUGUUCUGUUAGGUUCUAAUAUGUUCUAUUAGGUUCCAGUAUGUUCUGUUAGGUUCCAGUAUGUUCUAUUAGGUUCUAGUAUGUUCUAUUAGGUUCCAGUAUGUUCCUAUUAGGUUCUAGUAGGCUCUACUAGGCUCUACCAGGCUGUCUCUGGCCCUGUGCUGUGGCCUCCUGGCCUGUGGCCCUCCUCUCUGGCUCCAGCCUUGGGCGAGGCCCCCGGUUCUCCCCCCUCUCCUGCCCGACCUCCACCAUUCGCCCCUCCCUCGCCACUGCCGUCCUCCCCCCCCGCCCCCGCCCCCACCCCCACCCCCACCCCCACCCCCACCCUUCCUCCCCCUCCCAUCACCACCAUCACCCCCCACACCACCACUCUCCCCAUCAUCACCAUCAUCCCCACCCCUCUCACCACCAGUCCCCUCCUCCCACCUCCCCCUCCUCCCCUGUGGUCACCAUGACGACCACCCCCACUGCUCGUGAACACCUCCUGGUGGUGAGGAGGCGCAACCCCCACAUGCGCUACACCUCAGCCCCGAAAGCCUGCGCUCCCUCUCAGCCCAGGGCGGCGAUGGGGUGGGCCCAAGGGGUCACGGGGGGGAAAGGUCAGCUGGUGAAAGGUCAGGGGUCGGAGGUCAUGGAGAGGGUCAUGGCGGCGGGCUACAAAGGGCCAAUAGCGACACGGACCUGGUGACCUCGGAGAGCAGGUCAUCGCUGACUGCGUCGACGUACGAGUUCACGAUGGGGCGGGGCCAAAACCUGGUCAUCAACUGGGACAUCAAGGAGGAAGUGGACGCCACGGACUGGAUCGGACUCUACCACAUCGGUGAGACACGGGGGGAGGACUAGACCAUCUUCAUGGGAAGAAGGGGGAGGGGUUUUCCUUUAUGAUCCCAUUCCCAGAAAGUGGGAAAUUAAUUUAGCUACCUUCACAUUUUAAAAACACACAAAUCAAUCAUAGAACAAGAUCCUCAAUGGAGACCAAGGAUACAUGUUUAGAACAGAGCAGCAGAGGAUGUACAGUAGAGGGCUUCAGUACUGUAGGAAUCACAUGGCCAUGUGGAAAUGACUUCUAGCAGCUGAGAUAUCCAGUGUCAAGGUUAAGGGAAUGAAGCUUAAUACUGAUGGACUGGGAGCUGAGGGAGAGAGGAAGAGAGGGGGGGAGAGAGGGGGGUAGAAGAGAAGAGAGGAGAGAAGAGGGGAGAGGGGGGGGAGAGAGGGGGGAGAGAGAGGGAGGGAGGGAGAUAGAAGCGAGCGGGGGGAGCAGAUGGGUGGGCGAUCGGGGUAGGGAGGGCAGUUUCCCUGAGAGGGUGGCAAGGCUAUUCUGGCGGUAAGAGAGGAUUCAAUCUUUCGGGAGGACGGGUCUAUAGAGUGACAGCACUACGUCAGCAUCACUGAUAGUAUAAGAUCAUUGUUCAUACGUCCGCUCUCGCUCUCCUCUCCUCUUUCCCGUUCCUCUCCUCUCCUCCUCUCCUCUCCUCUCCUCCUCUCCUCUUCCCCUCCUCUCCUCUUCCCCUCCUCUCCUCUUCUUCCCUUCCUCUUCCUCUCCCUCUCUCCCCUUCUCCUCCUCUCACUCCUCCUUUUUCUCCUCCUCUCCCCUUCUCCUCCGCCCCCUCCCUCUUCCUCUUCCCCUCCUCCUCUCCUCCUCACAUCGCUGUCUCUUUCCUUUUCUCACCCUGACGGUGAAGUUGAAUUACUUAUCCCUGAUGCUGUGUGUGUGUCUUCAAAUCAAAUCAAAUGUUAUUUGUCACAUGCACCGAAUACAACAGGUGUAGACCAUACAGUGAAAUGCUUACUUACAAGCCCUUAACCAACAAUGCAGUUUUAAGAAAAACAAGUGUUAAGUAAAAAAUAGAUAAGUAAAAAAAAAUCAUAAUAAUUAAAGAGCAGCAGUAAAAUAACAGUAGCGAGGCUAUAUACAGGGGGUACCGGUACAGAGUCAAUGUGCUGGGGCACAGGUUAGUUGAGGUAAUUGAGGUAAUAUGUACAUGUAGGUAGAGUUAAAGUGACUAUGCAUAAAUAAUAAACAGAGAGUAGCAGCAGCGUAAAAGAGGGGAUUAGGGUGGGGGGGCAAUGCAAAUAGUCCAGGUAGCCAUUUGAUUAGCUGUUCAGGAGUCUUAUGGCUUGGGGGUACAAACUGUUAAGAAGCCUUUUGGACCUAGACUUGGUGCUCCGGUACCGUUUGCCGUGCGGUAGCAGAGAGAACAGUCUAUGACUAGGGUGGCUGGAGUCUUUGGCCAUUUUUAGGGCCUUCCUCUGACACUGCCUGGUAUAGAGGUCCUGGAUGGCAGGAAGCUUGGCCCCGGUGAUGUACUGGGCUGUACGCACUACCCUCUGUAGUGCCUUGCGGUCGGAGGCCAAGCAGUUGCCAUAACAGGCAGUGAUGCAACCAGUCAGGAUGCUCUCGAUGGUGCAGCUGUAUAACUUUUUGAGGAUCUGAGGACCCAUGCCAAAUCUUUUCAGUCUCCUGAAGGGGAAUAGGCUUUGUCGUGCCCUCUUCACGACUGUCUUAGUGUGUUUGGACCAUGAUAGUUUGUUGGUGAUGUGGACACCAAGGAACUUGAAGCUCUCAACCUGCUCCACUACAGCCCCGUCGAUGAGAAUGGGGGCGUGCUCAGUCCUCCUUUUCAUGUAGUCCACGAUCAGCUCCUUUGUCUUGAUCACGUUGAGGUAGAGGUUGUUGUCCUGGCACCACACGGCCAGGUCUCUGACCUCCUCCCUAUAGGCUGUCUCAUCGUUGUCGGUGAUCAGGCCUACCACUGUUGUGUCGUCUGCAAACUUAAUGAUGGUGUUGGAGUCGUGCUUGGCCAUGCAGUCAUGGGUGAACAGGGAGUACAGGAGGGGACUGAGCACGCACCCCUGAGGGGCCCCCAUGUUGAGGGUCAGCGUAGCAGAUGUGUUGUUACCUACCCUUACCACCUGGGGGUGGCCCAUCAGGAAGUCCAGGAUCCAGUUGUAGAGGGAGGUGUUUAGUCCCAGGGUCCUUAGCUUAGUGAUGAGCUUUGAGGGCACUAUGGUGUGCGUGUGCGAGUGUGUUUUGGGGGCACUACGUGAUGAGCAGAGAGAAAAGUGCAUGUGAUGAAUACACUGGACCACAGCCAGGCAGGCUGAGGUCAUCGCAAUAGCAAAGUGUUAAAGUGUCUGUGUGUCCUCUGCUGGAAAACUUUGUGGUUGUGAGCAUAUUGUGUGUGUACUAGCUAUAUGGGGUGAACUAGUCAGCACUCUGCACCUUCUGGAUCUCUGCCUGGACUUCUGGACAUCCUGGAGAGUAGUGAGUAGUGGUCUUCUGAAUCUCUGCCUGGACUUCUGGACAUCCUGGAGGGUAGUGAGUAGUGGUCUUCUGAAUCUCUGCCUGGACUUCUGGACAUCCUGGAGGGUAGUGAGUAGUGGUCUUCUGAAUCUCUGCCUGGACUUCUGGACAUCCUGGAGGGUAGUGAGUAGUGGUCUUCUGAAUCUCUGCCUGGACUUCUGGACAUCCUGGAGAGUAGUGAGUAGUGGUCUUCUGAAUCUCUGCCUGGACUUCUGGACAUCCUGGAGAGUAGUGAGUAGUGGUCUUCUGAAUCUCUGCCUGGACUUCUGGACAUCAUGGAGAGUAGUGAGUAGUGGUCUUCUGAAUCUCUGCCUGGACUUCUGGACAUCCUGGAGAGUAGUGAGUAGUGGUCUUCUGAAUCUCUGCCUGGACUUCUGGACAUCAUGGAGAGUAGUGAGUAGUGGUCUUCUGAAUCUCUGCCUGGACUUCUGGACAUCCUGGAGAGUAGUGAGUAGUGGUCUUCUGAAUCUCUGCCUGGACUUCUGGACAUCCUGGAGAGUAGUGAGUAGUGGUCUUCUGAAUCUCUCCCUGGACUUCUGGACAUCCUGGAGAGUAGUGAGUAGUGGUCUUCUGAAUCUCUGCCUGGACUUCUGGACAUCCUGGAGAGUAGUGAGUAGUGGUCUUCUGAAUCUCUGCCUGGAAUUCAGGACAUCCUGGAGAGUAGUGAGUAGUGGUCUUCUGAAUCUCUGCCUGGACUUCUGGACAUCCUGGAGAGUAGUGAGUAGUGGUCUUCUGAAUCUCUGCCUGGACUUCUGGACAUCCUGGAGAGUAGUGAGUAGUGGUCUUCUGAAUCUCUGCCUGGACUUCUGGACAUCCUGGAGAGUAGUGAGUAGUGGUCUUCUGAAUCUCUGCCUGGACUUCUGGACAUCCUGGAGAGUAGUGAGUAGUGGUCUUCUGAAUCUCUGCCUGGACUUCUGGACAUCCUGGAGAGUAGUGAGUAGUGGUCUUCUGAAUCUCUGCCUGGACUUCUGGACAUCCUGGAGAGUAGUGAGUAGUGGUCUUCUGAAUCUCUGCCUGGACUUCUGGACAUCCUGGAGAGUAGUGAGUAGUGGUCUUCUGAAUCUCUGCCUGGACUUCUGGACAUCCUGGAGAGUAGUGAGUCAGCUUCAGUUCAUUAAUUAUCUUCUCAUUAUCAUCAACCUGCUAUCAGACCGCACUUACUACCGGACACACACACACACACACACACAUUCUGUACACUAAAGUGUCAGCAGCAGCCAGUAGAGAGAGUGGUGGCCAGUGAAAGGCGAUCCAUCCACUCUCUACACCAGGUUCUGUGUGUGGAGGUAUUGACCGGGGCGGGGGAAAGACCUAAGAUGUGUCCUCCAGAGAAAUGCAUCAUUCUGGGCCUGGCCAUGGGCCAUCCAUCCCCGCCCUGGAGCCAACACGGCUCCAUUACCGGCACCUACCGUCUGCCCUGCCCUGCCUCCCCCCUCUUCCCCCUCCAUCACCCCACCCCUCUCUUCCUCCCCUCCAUCACCCCAUCACCCUCUCCUCCAUCCCCAUCUCCUCUCUUCCUCCCCUCCAUCACCCCAUCCCCCAUCCCCCUCUCCUCCAUCACCCCAUCCCCCUCUCUUCCUCUCGUCCAUCCCCAUCCCCCCCUUCCCCCCUCCAUCACCCCAUCCCCCCCUCUUCCUCUCCUCCAUCACCCCAUCCCCCAUCCCCCUCUCCUCCAUCCCCAUCUCCCUCUCUUCCCCUCCAUCACCCCUUCCCCCUCUCUUCCUCUCCUCCAUCCCCAUCUCCCUCUCUUCCUCUCCUCCAUCCCCAUCUCCCUCUCUUCCUCUCCUCCAUCCCCAUCCCCCUCUCUUCCUCCCUCCAUCACCCCCCCAUCCCCCUCUCUUCCUCUCCUCCAUCCCCAUCCCCCUCUCUUCCUCUCCUCCAUCCCAUCCCCCUCUCUUCCUCUCUUCCAUCUCCCUCUCUUCCUCCCCUCCAUCACCCCUUCCCCCUCUCUUCCUCUCCUCCAUCCCCAUCCCCAUCCUCUCUUCCUCUCCUCCAUCCCCAUCCCCCUCUCUUCCCUCCUCCAUCCCCAUCCCCCUCUCUUCCUCUCCUCCAUCCCCAUCCCCCUCUCUUCCUCUCCUCCAUCUCCCUCUCUUCCUCCCCUCCAUCACCCCCUUCCCCCUCGUCUUCCUCUCCUCCAUCCCCAUCCCCCCUCUCUUUCCUCUCCUCCAUCCCCUUCCCCCUCUCUUCCUCUCCUCCAUCCCCAUCCCCCUCUCUUCCUCUCCUCCAUCCCCAUCCCCCUCUCUUCCCUCUCCUCCAUCCCCAUCCCCCUCUCUUCCUCUCCUCCAUCCCAUCUCCCCUCUCUUCCUCUCCUCCAUCCCCUUCCCCCCUCUCUUUCCUCUCCUCCAUCCCAUCUCCAUCUCUUCCUCUCCUCCAUCCCAUCUCCCUCUCUUCCUCUCCAUCCAUCCCAUCUCCCUCUCUUCCUCUCCUCCAUCCCCAUCCCCCUCUCUUCCUCUCCUCCAUCCCAUCUCCCUCUCUUCCUCUCCUCCAUCCCCAUCCCCCUCUCUUCCCCUCCUCCAUCCCCAUCCCCCUCUCUCUUCCUCUUCUCCUUUUCCACCUCUCCCUUGUUGAGCCUGAGGAGAAACCAUAGGGUUUCCGUGUAACGGCAUGGCACAAGUUACUUAUUGUGACAUCACCUGGGUUAUUCAUGAAAUAAGCAGCCUCUGGGGAGGUAGAGUCAUCAUAGUGUUGGUGUGUCAUCACAGUGGUCUCUGACUUGUGGUCAGACUCUCUCAGGUGGAGCAAACUUAAACCUGCACCUUUUUUCAAUGCUGAAUUGAAUGUCAUUUAGAAAGGUGUCAUAAUGUAUUUGUUUUUCAGAAAACAUCCUUUCUGAAUUUAAAAGUAAUCUAAGAAGUAAUCAUCUAGUUUUUCUAAAGUAUCUGUAAUCGGAUUACAAUAAUUUUGCUGGUUAAUGUAAUUCAUUACAGUUUUUUGUAAUCUGAUUACAUGUACUCCCCAACCCUGUCUGUGUGUGACUUGUGACUGCUGUCACUUGCCACCCAGGCCUGGCUCCUGUCCAGACGUUAUUGAUUGUGACAUGGUGUGAGUUGAGUUAUGGCUCUGAGGGGAGACUUGGUGAUAACACAGGAGACAUAUUCAUCAUGGUCAUCUCUCUGUCACACACUGUCUGAGCGACAGAUACACUACUACACACACCACAAACACACAAACACACAAACACACGCGCAUGCACGCAUCUCCGUCACACACUGUCUGAGUGACACAUGGACUAUGUCAGACGUUUGUCAUCCUACACAGCUCAAAGACAACAGGAAAGUGACCAUAGUGUCUGUAACAGAUACUGUUACACUAGGUUACAGCAUCAGCAUCAGCUACCGUUACACUAGGUUACAGCAUCAGCUACCGUUACACUAGGUUACAGCAUCAGCUACCGUUACACUAGGUUACAGCAUCAGCUACCGUUACACUAGGUUACAGCAUCAGCUACCAUUACACUAAGUUACAGCAUCAGCUACCAUUACACUAGGUUACAGCAUCAGCUACUGUUACACUAGGUUACAGCAUCAGAUACCGUUACACUAGGUUACAGCAUCAGCUACUGUUACACUAGGUUACAGCAUCAGCUACCGUUACACUAGAUUACAGCAUCAGCUACCGUUACACUAGAUUACAGCAUCAGCUACCGUUACAAUCGAUUACAGCAUCAGCUACUGUUACACUAGGUUACUGCAUCAGCUACCGUUACACUAGGUUACAGCAUCAGCUACCAUUACACUAGGUUACAGCAUCAGCUACCGUUACACUAGGUUACUGCAUCAGCUACCGUUACACUAGGUUACAGCAUCAGCUACCGUUACACUAGGUUACAGCAUCAGCUACCGUUACACUAGGUUACAGCAUCAGCUACCAUUACACUUGGUUAUAGCAUCACCUACUGUUACACUAGAUUACAGCAUCAGCUACUGUUACACUAGAUUACAGCAUCAGCUACUGUUACACUAGGUUACAGCAUCAACUACCGUUACACUAGGUUACAGUAUCAGCUACCGUUACACUAGGUUACAGCAUCAGCUACUGUUACACUAGGUUACAGCAUCAGCUACCAUUACACUUGGUUAUAGCAUCACCUACUGUUACACUAGAUUACAGCAUCAGCUACUGUUACACUAGAUUACAGCAUCAGCUACUGUUACACUAGGUUACAGCAUCAACUACUGUUACACUAGGUUACAGUAUCAGCUACCGUUACACUAGGUUACAGCAUCAGCUACCGUUACACUAGGUUACAGCAUCAGCUACCAUUACACUAAGUUACAGCAUCAGCUACCAUUACACUAGGUUACAGCAUCAGCUACUGUUACACUAGGUUACAGCAUCAGAUACCGUUACACUAGGUUACAGCAUCAGCUACUGUUACACUAGGUUACAGCAUCAGCUACCAUUACACUAGAUUAUAGCAUCAGCUACCGUUACACUAGAUUACAACAUCAGCUACCGUUACACUAGAUUACAGCAUCAGCUACUGUUACACUAGGUUACUGCAUCAGCUACCGUUACAGCAUCAGCUACCAUUACACUAGGUUACAGCAUCAGCUACCGUUACACUAGGUUACUGCAUCAGCUACCGUUACACUAGGUUACAGCAUCAACUACUGUUACACUAGGUUACAGCAUCAGCUACCGUUAGACUAGGUUACAGCGUCAGCUACCAUUACACUAGAUUACAGCAUCAGAUACUGUUACACUAGGUUACAGCAUCAGCUACCGUUACACUAGGUUACAGCAUCAGCUACUGUUACACUAGGUUACAGCAUCAGCUACCGUUACACUAGGUUACAGCAUCAACUACCGUUACACUAGGUUACAGCAUCAGAUACUGUUACACUAGGUUACAGCAUCAGAUACCGUUACACUAGGUUACAGCAUCAGAUACCGUUAAACUAGGUUACAACAUCAGCUACCGUUACACUAGGUUACAGCAUCAGCUACCGUUACACUAGAUUACAGCAUCAGCUACCAUUACACUAGAUUACAGCAUCAGCUACCGUUACACUAAAUUACAGCAUCAGCUACCGUUACACUAGAUUACUGCAUCUAGUGUAUGGGUCAGUUGUGUUAUGGCCUAUGUCAUCACUGUUACAGCCUAUGUCAGUGAUGCAACUGUGUGUGUCCCCUCCCCAGAUGAGACGUGUCCUGCCAACGUGUGGGACUCUAAGAACCGCGGGGUGAACGGCACCCAGAGAGGACAGAUCAUCUGGAUGCUGGAGCCUGGGCCUUACUUCAUGGAGCGUGAGUAUAGUGUGUGUGUUAAUGUUUAUGAAGGACUGUUUAUGUGUGUUCAGGAUGAUUAGAACAAUAUAACUAUUUUUCUUCGGUGUGUUUUGCUUCCUCAGCUGAGACUAAGAUCAGCUUUAAGUACUACCAUGGAGUGAGUGGUGCCUUGAGAGCAACAACCCCCUGCAUCACCGUCAAGAACCCAGGAGUUCCUGUGAGUACUGUGUGUGUGUGUGUGUGUGUGUGUGUGUGUGUUUGUGUGUGUGUGUGUGUGUUUAUGUUCAUGAAGGAGUGGUUAUGUAUCAAGUAACUGUAUAAAAUAUGGUGUAACUGUAUCAAGGUCAAGCUUAUCUGGUUGUUUAGAGAGAGAGAGAGAGAGAGAGAGAGAGAGAGAGAGAGAGAGGUGUGUGUGUGUGUAUGUGUAUACUGUGUAUGUGUGUGUGUGUGUGUGUGUGUGUGUGUACAGUGGGGAGAAUAAGUAUUUGAUACACUGCCGAUUUUGCAGGUUUUCCUACUUACAAAGCAUGUAGAGGUCUGUAAUUUUUAUCAUAGGUACACUUCAACUGUGAGAGACGGAAUCAGUUGGACUAUAUUAGAUAUCACUCUGAAUGUGGCAGUUGGACUAUAUUAGAUAUCACUCUGAAUGUGGCAGUUGGACUAUAUUAGAUAUCAAUCUGAAUGUGGCAGUUGGACUAUAUUAGAUAUCACUCUGAAUGUGGCAGUUGGACUAUAUUAUAUAAAUCUGAAUGUGGCAGUUGGACUACAUUAGUUUGAAUAGAUAAAGCAGGUAUACAUUUCCUGUCUCAAUCUAUCUUGCUCCAUCUCCAUAUUUUUCUCUCCUUUCCUCUCUCCCUUCCUCCCCCCCCUCUCUCCACCCCCUCCAUCCCUCCCCCUCUCUCUCUCUCCCUCCACCCCCCCUCCAUUCUACUCUCCACUCCUCUCUCUCCCCCCUGCCCCCUGCCCCCUCUCUCUCUCUCCUCUACCCCCUCUCCCUCCCUCCAUCCCUUUCCCCCUUCUCCUUCUCCCUCCACCCCUCGCCCUCCCUCCCUCCCUCAGUAAUACCAGCUGGGACAAAUUAAUUUGAUAUGAAAUUCAGAGCGUUAAUCCUCCAAUCGGAGGGAGCGUCUGGCAGGCAGCCAUGUUGGUUUUAUGACAGGAUCUGACAGAUGACCAGAUGCCCAGUCCACCUGAUCUGCUCUACAUCUCUACAGUCCUACAUCUCUCACUCUGACCCACCUAUAUAUCACUCUCCAACAGAUCUCAGUGUUACACUGUGCUGUACUGCUCUGUGUUAAACUGGAUAUUGAUUAUAUCUUUUCCAGUCUUGACCCUCAACCAUACGUCUCAUGUCUGUGGUAUUAUACUAUCCUAUACUAACUGCUCAUCUCUCAUUGGUUCAGUUCCCAUCACAGCUCAUCUCCCAUUGGUUGUUUCCUUGCCAGGUUAGAGCUGAGGGUCAAGCUGAGGGCCAAUCAGUGACAGAGAACUGUCGGAAACUCGUCAGCUUCACUUUAUCAGGUCAGUUAUUGUUGAUUGGAAGCUUGUCUCACUCAACUCUGGUCUGGUGUGAUCUGCACUGCCUCCCUGUGGUUGAGAUGUGUUACUGCACAUUACCUCCGGUUAGGCACUCCAUGACCUGAGUUACCUACCUACCCCUGGUAUACAUUAUGAAGUUGUGCUUUCUCUGUAGAUAUCCUAAUGUGUUUAAAAUAUAUGUAUUAUUUCAUUAUUCUGUGUAUGUGGUAUAAGUCCACAGCGCUAAUAUGUGUAUCUGUGUAGAUAUCCAUGAGCUUUAUAUAUUUACAGUAUAUUUACGGUAUACAUGGGAUGUGUGUCUUUCUCUAUAGAUAUCCGUGCAUUGGGUCUGAAGAAGGGGAUGUUCUUUAACCCUGACCCCUACCUGAAGAUGUCCAUCCACCCUGGGAAGAGGAGUGGCUUCCCUACCUUCACACACCACGGACAGGAGAGACGCUCCGCCAUCAUAUCUAACACGACCAACCCUGUCUGGCCCGGAGAGGUCUCACUCUUAAACACACACACACACACACACACACACACACACACACACACACACACACACACACACACACACACACACAUAUCCAGGCACAAACGCUAGAGCACAAACACACACACACAGACUCAUAUAUAUAUAUAUACACUGUAAAAUAAUGCUUUACAAUUCUCUCUCUCUCUCUGUCAGAAGUACACGUUUGUGGCUCUGAUGACAGAUGUCUUGGAGAUCGAGGUAAAGGAUAAGUUUUCUAAAAGCCGACCAAUCAUCAAGCGCUUCCUGGGUCAGCUGACCAUCCCAGUGCAGAGGCUGCUAGAGAGGCCAAAUGCAGAGUGAGUCAACUGGAAACCCCGCCCACACUCAGAGAAACAUAUUCAGGCCUCCCGACUGGUGCAGCGGUCUAAGGCACUGCUUGAGGCGCCACUACAGCCCCGGGUUCGAUCCCAGGCGGUGUCACAGCUGGCCGUGACCAGGAGACCCAUGAGGCGGGGCCCAGCGUCGUCCGGGUUAGGGGAGGGUUUGGCCGGCCAGGAUGUCCUUGUCCCAUCGCACCCUAGCGACUCCUUGUGCCGGGCCGGGCGCCUGCAAGCUGACUUCGGUCGCCAGUGGGACGGUGUUUCCUCCGACACAUUGGUGCGGCUGGCUUCCGGGUUAAGCAGGCAGUGUGUCAAGAAGCAGUGCGGCUUGGCAGGGUCAUAUUUCGGAGGACGCAUGGCUCUCGAGUCUGUACGGGAGUUGCAGCGAUGGGUCAAGACUGUAACUACCAAUUGGAUAUCACGAAAUUGGGGAGAAAAAGGGUUAAAAGUAAAAAUAAAUAAAAAGAGAUACAUAUUCAAUCAAUAGUAAUCUUUGUAACUAUUUAAAUAACCAUGUAUUGGUCAUAUUGACCUACAGCUGAGUCUGAAUGGUUUGUAAUGUGUGUUCAUGUCCACAGGGACCAGCCGCUAAGCUACACCCUGUGUCGUCGUCUGCCCACGGACCAUGUGAGCGGCCAGCUGCAGUUCAGAGUGGACAUGACCUCUGGACAUGACGGUAAGGACAUGACCUCUGGACAUGACGGUAAGGACAUGACCUCUGGACAUGACGGUAAGGACAUGACCUCUGGACAUGACGGUGAGGACAUGACCUCUGGACAUGACGGUGAGGACAUGACCUCUGGACAUGACGGUAAGGACAUGACCUCUGGACAUGACGGUGAGGACAUGGGAGAGGGCAUGAGUAAUAAAGUAAUAACAUCUGUUUAGGAGAGAGGCUUUGUCUUGAUCCGCUUAUGUAAGACUGAUUAUAUAUAUUUGGAUAAAAGCGUCUGCUAAAUGGCAUACUAUAUAUAUUACUUUUGAAUGUCACACACCCAUCAAUCAAAUGUUGUGUAUGAGUUUUGAAGGAAAAUCUAUGUUUUCUCCCUCCCUGACAGAGGGCUCUCCUGAUGCCUUGGGUUCCAUCUUGGGUUUGUCAGUGAACGGGGACCCUGGGAGCCCCUCUGACGAUGAAGACCUCCCCCACCCUUCCUCCAGGGCCCGGGGCCCUUCUCCUACGGGGUCCGACUCCUCUCUGCUCAACGGAGAGGUCCACAGGGUUGGAGACGAUGUCUGGAGUGACGCCCGGGGGGCGGUGGGCGAGCUGCACGUCCUAGGUAAAAGUCCUAAAGCUAUGUUGUCUUUACUGUUAGUAUGUUAACCUCAACUGUCAACUGUCAUACUGUUAGUAUGUUUAAUUCAACUGUGAUACUGUUAGUAUGUUUAACUCAACUGUCAUACAGUUAGUAUGUUUAAUGUAACUGUCAUACUGUUAGUAUGUUUCAUGUAACUGUCAUACUGUUAGUAUGUUUAAUUCAACUGUCAUACUGUUAGUAUGUUUAACUCAACUGUCAUACAGUUAGUAUGUUUAACUCAACUGUCAUACUGUUAGUAUGUUUCAUGUAACUGUCAUACUGUUAGUAUGUUUAAUUCAACUGUGAUACUGUUAGUAUGUUUAACUCAACUGUCAUACAGUUAGUAUGUUUAAUGUAACUGUCAUACUGUUAGUAUGUUUCAUGUAACUGUCAUACUGUUAGUAUGUUUAAUUCAACUGUCAUACUGUUAGUAUGUUUAACUCAACUGUCAUACAGUUAGUAUGUUUAACUCAACUGUCAUACUGUUAGUAUGUUUAAUGUAACUGUCAUACUGUUAGUAUGUUUAAUGUAACUGUCAUACUGUUAGUAUGUUUCAUGUAACUGUCAUACUGUUAGUAUGUUUAAUGUAACUGUCAUACUGUUAGUAUGUUUAAUGUAACUGUCAUACUGUUAGUAUGUUUAAUGUAACUGUCAUACUGUUAGUAUGUUUCAUGUAACUGUCAUACUGUUAGUAGGUUUAAUGUAACUGUCAUACUGUUAGUAUGUUUAAUGUAACUGUCAUACUGUUAGUAUGUGUAAUGUAACUGUCAUACUGUUAGUAUGUUUCAUGUAACUGUCAUACUGUUAGUAUGUGUAAUGUAACUGUCUACGGCUCAUUUAUCUUUUAGUUUUUAAUGCAACACGCUUUCUGUACGUAAAGUACAUUUCUGUGAACAGACAAUGAAAGUAUAUCUAAUCUAAUCUAACUAGGAUUGGCCAUCCUGGGCGGCCACACCCAUCGCCAGGUGUCCCUCAACGACUACCUGGAUGCCAUCGAGGCUCCUAAGGGCCCGGGAGAGCGGCCCCUGGGCGCGACGUCACCCAAGCUGAGAUCCAGUUUCCCCACGGACACGCGACUCAGCGCCAUGUUGCAUAUAGAUUCUGAUGAAGACGAGGAGGCGGGGCCGCCCAGGGACCACCCACCACCUGACAGGAAGCCCUUGCUGCCACUGACCAAUGGUGUUCAGGCUGGGGCUGGGGAGGGGGCUGCCUCAUCUGAACAGGGCCUGGGGAAACAAGGGAAAGACGGGACAGAGGCAAAGAGGGGAGAGGCUGAGGGAGCGCAGGGGACAGAAGCUGGGACAGAGAUUGGAGAUGGGGCUGGGGAUGGAGAUGGAGAUGGAGAUGGGGCUGGGGAUGGGGCUGGGGAUGGAGAUGGAGAUGGAGAUGGAGAUGGGGCUGGGGAUGGGGCUGGGGAUGGAGAUGGGGCUGGGAAUUGGGAUGGGGCUGUAUCCAUGGCUGGGGCUGGAGUUGCAGUUGCAGUUGAGGCCAGGACUGGAGCUGGAUCCAUGGCUGUGGUUGGAUCUCUAACUAUAGCCAGACCUGGGGUUGGAGCUGAGGCCAGGCCUGGGUCUAUCGUUGGGCCUGGGGCUGGAGCUGAGGCCAGGCCUGGGUCUAUGGUUGGGCCUGGGGCUGGAGCUGAGGCCAGGCCUGGGUCUAUCGUUGGGCCUGGGGCUGGAGCUGAGGCCAGGCCUGAGUCUGUGGUUGGGCCUGGGGUUGGAGCUGAGGCCAGGCCUGGGUCUAUGGUUGGGCCUGGGGCUGGGGCUCCCCUAUCUCCAAUACCUGAGACGAAUACUGCAGCGCAGGAGGUGUCAGAGGAGGCUGUGGCAGCCAGGACUGAGGCCAGCCAGCAGCCAAUAAUCUCAGGGGCCACAGCAGCUCAGGGGCCCCUCAGGAACUCACUGCCUGCUGUUCUGAAGACAUCCACUACUCAGGUGAGUGGUGCUGUCAGACCAGGGCCUGGGCAGCUCCAGCUGGAUAUGGCCCAUGCUCUGGGUCAAACAGCACUUCCAUAACCCUUGACAAAUGUCCUCUGAGAUUUCAUAGUUGGGUCCGAUGAAGGCAGCCACUGUCCACAUUGGGGAAUCACAGGCUACGAUAGACAUGUUCCAUCCUAUGACUCAUAAGGGGACGCCCACUAUCUAACAGAAAGCUCUACCACGUAUUUUACUGUACAUUUCAACUUUAGGUUCAUCUAAAUAUUUUCAUGUCUUAGUGAUGAACGCUAAAUGCCAAAACAAAGUUUAACAAUAAAGAAUACUUUACUCUAUUUUCAGAAGGGACAGAAGGAAGAGGAAGUGGCGCCCAAGGCUGAGGAGGAAGGGGCGGAGUCAUCCAGUGAAGGAGCAAGUGCCAUCGCAGCCACCCCGACGACCAGUAGCGUUCCCGACCAGGGGGGCGGGGCCUCUGGCUCUGAUGUCACAGGAGCAAGGACCGCCGGCACAGCAGCAGCAGCCAAUGAGGAAGAAGAGGGUGGGGAGAUCUGGCAGAGGAGGCAGAUCAUGCAGGCGUCUGGAGGCGUGUCUCAGGAGGAGGGGGCGCGGUCUUCUGAAGCCAGCGGGCCAAUCGACUCUUCUCAGAGUGUCUCUGAGGAUGGCAGAGAACCAGGAGGUGAGAGACAGAACACAGCAACCCAGUAUCACACAUUUGUGUGAAAUAGACACAAAUUGCUUAUUGGAAAUUCGUGACAGGCACAGGAAAAAGUGAAAAGAAUGUGUGUGCUCUACACGAUUUUGUAUACAGUGCAUUUUAAUCCCAGAAACGAUAGGAGGGAGGUUGGGUGGGGGUAUAACGUAAUGGACACGAAUACAUUAUGAAGAAGGAAAAUUGUGUAAUACACACCAAAAAGUGUGUGACUGUCACGAAUUUUGAAUAAGUAAUUUGUGUCUAGUUCACAGUAAACUGUGAUAGUGAGCUGUCCCUACCCAGUUGGGCUGUCUUUGGCUCCCAUGACCCAAUCUCAAAAACACCUGUUUUAAAGUCAAUGACGGCACUAGCUAACAUAGUUGACCUGCCACCGGUUUGUGUUAAGUCUUCAGAGGCAUAUUUGGAUGUUCAGGUGACACUCUUGUUCAUGGUCCUUCGAUAGAGGUUGUGUGUGCAUCUAUAAUAUCCUCUUUGAUAUUUUGUCCAGAGUUGUAGUGAUGUUUCUGCUCCUUAGACAAACAGUACAGUGCUACCACGAGGGAUUGACCCAUUUUAGGACUGAAAGAAAGAUGAAAAGCUUGUUCAAUCCUCUAAACGGAUCUGAAGGAAAUGAACAAAAAAACAAAACAAAAAAACGUAUUAUUCACUUGACGUUUAUUACAUUUGAUCAUUGUCAGAUUAUGUGUCUAUCUUUCCCUCUGGUUUGCGUGACACAGUGGGGUUUGAAUGUGUGUGUUUGAAUGUGUGUGCUCGUCUGUGUGUGUGUGUGUGUUUAAUCUUUAUUCUGUUCAGGGGCCCCAGUGUGUUUUAAUGUCUUCCUCUCUCCUCAUCUUGUUCAGGGGCCACAGCUCAAGUCAACGGUCACCAGUCAGUCCGCUCUCUGCCCUCUGUCCGUCACGAUAUUGGUCGCUACCAGAGAGUAGAUGAGACACUUCCGCCCAGUGAGUAGUGUGUUUCUGAGGGAGAAAGAGAAAUAUAGUGAUCGAGAUCAUGUCAGUUGACCGACACAUCAUCUGACAUCUGAAUUUAUACAAUUAGUAAUAGUAUUAGAUUUAGGGGUUGAUUUUUUUCAGUUUGUGUCAUAUAAACAGGAACAUCUUCCUAAUAUUGAGUUACACCCCCUUUUGCCCUCAGAACAGCCUCAAUUCGUCGGGGCAUGGACUCUACAAGGUGUUGAAAGCGUUCCACAGGGAUGCUGGCCCAUGUUGACUCCAAUGCUUCCCACAGUUGUAUCAAGUUGGCUGGAUGUCCUUUGGGUGCUGGACCAUUCUUGAUACACACGGGAAACUGUUGAGUGUGAAAAACCCAGCAGCUUUGCAGUUCUUGACACACUCAAACCAGUGCGACUGGCACCUACUACCAUACCCCGUUCAAAGGCACUUAAAUCUUUUGUCUUGCCCAUUCACCCUCUGAAUGGCACACAUACACAAUCCAUGUCUCAGUUGUCUCAAUGCUUAAAAAUCAUUCUUUAACCUGUCUCCUCCCCUUCAUCUACACUGAUUGAAGUGAAUUUAACAGGUGACAUCAAUAAGGGAUCAUAGCUUUCAGCUGGAUUCACCUGGUCAGUCUAUGUCAUGGAAAGAGUUCCUAAUGUUUUGUCCACUCAGUCCAUAUGAUAUAUUUGCCUUGCAGACUGGGAGGCCCGUAUAGACAGUCAUGGUCGUGUCUUCUAUGAGUGUGUGUGUGUGUGUGUUAACACUGCUGUGUGUGUGUGUUUCAGACUGGGAGGCCCGUAUAGACAGUCAUGGUCGUGUCUUCUAUGAGUGUGUGUGUGUGUGUGUGUUAACACUGCUGUGUGUGUGUUUCAGACUGGGAGGCCCGUAUAGACAGUCAUGGUCGUGUCUUUUAUGAGUGGUGUGUGUGGUGUGUUAACACUGCUGUGUGUGUGUUUCAGACUGGGAGGCCCUAUAGACAGUCAUGGUCGUGUCUUCUAUGAGUGGUGUGUGUGUGUGUGUGGUUAACACUGCUGUGUGUGUGUUUCAGACUGGAGGCCCGUAUAGACAGUCAUGGUCGUGUCUUCUAUGAGUGUGUGUGUGUGUGUGUGUUAACACUGCUGUGUGUGUGUUUCAGACUGGGAGGCCCGUAUAGACAGUCAUGGUCGUGUCUUCUAUGUGGACCAUGUGAACCGCACCACCACCUGGCAGAGACCCACCGCUCCUCCAGCACCACAGGUCCUCCAGAGGUCCAACAGCAUACAGCAGAUGGAACAGCUCAACCGCAGGUUAGAACCAGCACACACACACACACACACACACACACACACAGUCACACACAGUCACACACCUCUGUCUUCAUGUUUGUGCCAUUGCUUUUGUCUUCAGGUAUCAGAGUAUACACAGGACGAUGACCAAUGAGAGAGCAGCAGAAGAGCUGACAGCUCCGCCCGAGGUGCCCACUGAGGACACUGACCUGAUGCACCACACUAUCCCAGGUACCCAGGCUUGCAAUGCAUUCUGGUCACUGUAGUCAACUAAACCUUGACAAUAGGCCUCUAGACUUUCACUAGCCAAAAUUCUGUUUGUUUAGGCUGGUUUCUAAUAAAACUAAAGACCCUGCUCUUGUUAAAAGCUUUUGUUUGGUUAUUAGCUUGUGUGUGUUGUCAGAGUAUCGGUGUGGUGGCUCCAGAUAGCUCUCGGUCUCUAACACACGGUUUUCGUGUUGUGUUGUGUUGUGUGUGUGUUGUCAGAGUAUCGUCGUGAUGGUGUAGUGGCUCCGGAUAGCUCUCGGUCUCGCCUCAGUCUGCUCCUCCAGUCUCCCAGCGCUAAGUUCCUGACCAGCCCAGACUUUUUCACUGUGCUGCAUUCCAACCCUGUACGUCUAACCUAUAGCAAUACUAUUAACUAUUAGACUGUUACCCUACCUGUUAUACUGUAUCAGUCAGCUAAGUUCCUGAUCAGCCCAGACUUUUUCACUGUGCUGCAUUCCAACCCUGUAUGUUUCACACAGACACACACACACACACACACACACACACACACACACACACACACACACACACACAGACACACACACACACACACACACACACACACACACACACACACCUAGAUCCCCUUACUGCUAGAACAGUUCAUUUCUAUGAUCUAUCAUUCUACUAUUACAGUACUGUAGCUAAAUUUACCUCACACUGUCACGUCAGUCAUUCAUCACUUUACAAUACUCCUCUCUUCUCCACUCAUCCCCUCUCCUCCGCCUCUCCUCUCCUCUCCUCUCCUCUCCUCUCCUCUCCUCUCCUCUCCUCUCCUCUCCUCUCCACUCCUCCCCUCUCCACUCCUCCCCUCUCCUCUCCUCUCCUCUCCUCUCUUCUCCACUCCUCCCCUCUCCUCUCUUCUCCACUCCUCCCCUCUCCACCCUCCCUCCCCCCUCCUCUCCUCUCUUCUCCUCUCCCUCGCUCCCCUCUUCCUCUCUCUUCUCCAUCCUCCCCUCCUCUCUUCUCCACUCCUCCCCUCUCCUCUCUUCUCCACUCCUCCCCUCUCCUCUCUUCUCCACUCCUCCCGCUCCCUCCCCUCCCUCCCCUCUCCUCUCUCUUUCUCUCCUCUCCCCCGUCCUCCCCUCACCUCCCCUCUCCCUCUCCUCUCUCCUCUCCCACCCUCCUCUCCCUCUCCUCUCCCUCUCCCUCUUAUCUUCUCUCCUCUCCCCCUCCCACCCUCCUCCCCUCCCCUCUUCCUCCCCGUCCUCUCCUCUCCUCUCCCCUCCCUCCCACCCUCCUCUCCUCCCUCUCCUCUCCCUCUCCUCUUGUUCUCUCCCCAGAGUGCCUACCGCAUGUUUACAGGUAACACCUGCCUGAAACACAUGAUCAGUAAGGUGCGUCGGGACACGCAUCACUAUGAGCGCUACCAGCACAACAGAGACCUGGUGGUUUUCCUCAACAUGUUCUCCAACAAACAGCUGGAGCUGCCCCGUGGCUGGGAGCUGAAGCACGACCACACUGGCAAGGUACACACACACACACACACACACACACACACACACACACACACACACACACACACACACACACACAGACACACACACAUACACACACAUACACACACAGGUACAGGUAACUACUCUCCUUUUCCAUCUCCAUCUCUCUCUCUCUCUCUCUCUCUCUCUCUCUCUCUCUGUUUACCAAUGACCCUAACCUCUCCAAUUCUCAUUCUGUCUCUCUCUACAGCCUUUCUUUGUGGACCACAACUGCCGGGCCACUACGUUCAUCGACCCUCGGCUCCCUCUCCAGAGCAGCACACGUCCCAGCGGCCUCCUGGCCCACCGCCAGCACCUGACCAGACAACGCAGCCACAGCGCUGGCGAGGUCAGCCCACGACGCAUGGUGAGACACACACACACACACAUCAUGGUGAGACACACACAGACACACACACUCCUCAGUCAACUCAACCCCCUCUCUGUGCUCCAGGUGGGGGAGGACCCUCGUCACUCUGGAGGGGGACCUCCCACAAUGCCACGCCCCUCCAGCACCUUCAGCACGGUCAGCCGCACCCAGUACCAAGACGUAGUGCCAGUGGGUGAGUGGACACACACAAACACACACAACACACACACACACACACACACACAUUGCUCAUUCUGUCCUCGACUCCUUCUCUUCAGCUUACAACGACAAGAUAGUGGCGUUUCUACGACAACCCAAUAUCUUUGAGAUCCUGCAGGAGAGACAGACAGAGUUUAUCAGGAACCACUCGCUCAGGUCAGCAGCCCCUUCCUACCCCUCCCUCCUUCCUACCCCUCCCUCCUUCCUACCCCUCCCUUCUUCCUACCCCUCCCUUCUUCCUACCCCUCCCUUCUUCCUAACCCUACGCCCCUCCCUCCUUCCUACCCCCCCUCCUUCCUACCCCUCCCUUCUUCCCCCUACCACCCCUACCUCCUACCCCUCCCUCCUUCCUUCCCCUUCUUCCUACCCCUCCCUCCUUCCUCUCCCCUUCUUCCUACCCCUCCCUCUUCUUCCUACCCCUCCCUCCUUCCUCUCCCUUCUUCCUACCCCUCCCUCCUUCCUUCCCCUCCUUCCUCCCUCCCUCCUUCCUUCCCCUCCCUCCUUCCUACCCCUCCCUCCUUCCUACCCCUCCCUCCUUCCUAUCCCCCCUCCCUUCCCUCCCCUCCUUCCUUCCUUCCUACCCCUCCCUCCUUCCUUCCCCUCUUCCUACCCCUCCCUCCUUCCUACCCUCCUUCCUUCCUACCCCUCCCUCCUUCCUUCCUACCCUCCCUCUUCCUUCCUACCCCUCCCUCCUUCCUACCCCUCCCUUCUUCCUCCCCCUCCCUCCUACCCCUCCCUCCUUCCUACCCCUCCCUCCUUCCUUCCCCUUCUCCUACCCUCCUUCCUCCUACCCCUCCUCCUUCCACCCCCUCCUUCUCCACCCCUCCCUCCUUCCUACCCCUCCCUCCCUUCCUACCCCUCCCUCUUCCUUCCCUACCCCUCCCUCCUUCCUACCCUCCCUCCUUCUUCCUACCCCUCCUCCUUCCUAUCCCUCCCUCUCUUCCUACCCCCCUCCCUUCUUCCUACCCCCCCUCCUUCCUUCCUACCCUCCCUCCUUCCUACCCCUCCCUUCUUCCUACCCCUACCCUCCCUCCCUUCCCUUCUUCCUACCCUCCCUCUCUUCCUCCUUCCCCCUCCCUCCUUUCCUAACCCUCCCUCUUCCCACCCUCCUCCUCCUUCCUCCCCCCCUCCUUCUACCCUCCCUCCUUCCUACCCUCCCUCUCCUCCUUACCUCCCUCCUCCUACCCUCCCUCCCUCCUCCCCCUACCCUCCCUCCUCCUUCCAACCCCUCCCUCCUUCCUUCCUACCCAUCCUUCCUUCCUACCCCUCCCUCGCUUCACUCAGAACAGUCCCUCAAACCCUCACCACUAAAUUCACUACUGUUGUCAGCACACCCACUGUACCUCCCAAAGAGUCAUUAAGGUUCAUUCCCGUGUGUGUUUUCCACCACAGGGAGAAGGUUCAGUUGAUCCGUAAUGAAGGGGCCUCUGGUCUGGCCAGGCUGUCUGGUGAUGCAGACCUAGUUAUCCUCCUCAGGUGAGCUACUGCCAUACCUGUACCUGCCUUAUUCAUGUGUAGGAUCUUCAUUUGAGCCAGUUUGCUACAGCAGGAAAAUAAUCCUGCAGCAACAGGAGAUGUGGAUUGUAAUUAAUGGAAGACUUGUGUUAGCUCCCUGAGCCAAUACCUAGGCUUUAGAUCAAACCCAGUUUUGUUACUUUGGGUCUCUGUAGCUCUCAGUGACAUCAUCUCCUCUCUUCUUUGUUCUCUCUGGCAGCCUGUUUGAAGAGGAAGUGAUGUCAUAUGUUCCGCCUCACGCCUUACUGCACCCCAGCUACUGCCAGUCCCCACGAAGCUCCCCCGUGACCUCCCCACAGAACUCACCUGGUGAGAAGGCUUCUCUAUACCUCACUUCUGUCUUUCUCUCCCAUUCUCUCUCUCUCUCUCUCUUGUUUUUUCUCUUUCCUCUCUCUCUCCUCUCCCCCUCUCUCCCUCCUCCUCUCCUUUCUCUCUUUCCCUCUCCUCUCCUCUGCUCUCCUCUCCCCUCUCUCUCCCUCUCCUCUCUCUGUCUUAAUAUUACUCUUGAUCUCUUUCUCUCUGUCUCUCUCUGUCUCUCUCUCUCUCUCUGUCCUCUCUCUCCUCUCCACUCCUGUCCUCUCCUCUCUCUCUCUGUCUCCAUAUUACUCUUGAUCUCUUUCUCUCUCGUCUCUCUCUCUCUCUCUCCUCCCUCUCUCUGUCUCUCUGUCUCUCUCUCUCUCCUCCCUCUCUCUCUCUCUCUCGCUCUCUGUCUCUCUCUCUCCUCUCUCGUCUCGAUCUCUCUCUUGCUUUCUUACUACCUCUCACUCUCUCUGUCGAUGUUACUCUCAACCACUUGCUCUCUCUCGCUCUGUGUUUGUAAGGAGCACACACGCAUCUCUCGUUCUCUGUCAAAUUUUAUUUCCACAGGAACACAGCGAGCUAAUGCCCGUGCACCUGCCCCCUACAAGCGAGACUUCGAAGCCAAGCUGCGAAACUUCUACCGCAAACUGGAGACCAAGGGCUAUGGCCAGGGCCCAGGGAAGUUAAAGUAUGUAGUGUGGAGGAUUCUUCUCGUCAACAUAAUACUGGAAUAUAGAUGAAUAUUCAUGAGUGAAUACUGUACUGUAGAUUAAUAUUAAUGGGUGAAUACUGUAAUGUGGAAUAAUUAAUAGGUUAUUGAUCUAGCUAUAUGCUUUGGUGUUCCAGCCAUAGAAAUAGAAUCUCAUUCUAGUUCUGUGGUCCACCCUCAUAACCUCCAUCCACGCCCUCCUGCCCUUACCAGUUCCCCCCUGUGUGUGUCUCUCCCUCCCCCAACCCCCAGGUUGAUCAUCCGUAGGGACCAUCUCCUGGAGGAUGCCUUCAACCAGGUCAUGUGUUACUCCCGUAAAGACCUGCAGAGGAGCAAGCUCUACGUCAGCUUCGUGGGAGAGGAGGGGUGAGUCAGACAGACUGCCUGUCCUCUACUCUUCCAGAAGCUGGGGAGAAUGAUACUGGGUUCAAUAGAAUGAAACAUGGAACAUUUGAGGAAUAUUUAAGUUAGAAAUGCACUUUGUCUGCUCUAUGACAUUAGACAUUAGAUUUCUAUCUACAACGUUCCUUUUCAUUUAUGUGUACAUCUUUGUUUGUGUAUCUGUGUAUUAAUGUAUCUUCCUUCAUGUGUUCCAGGUUGGACUACAGCGGCCCGUCCAGAGAGUUUUUCUUCCUGGUGUCUAGAGAGCUGUUCAACCCAUACUACGGCCUGUUUGAGUACUCAGCCAACGACACCUACACCGUUCAGAUCAGCCCCAUGUCUGCCUUUGUAGACAACCAUCACGAGUGGUGAGUGACCUGAAGGCUGAGGGGGUUUGGGGUUGGAGUGGUCUGUUGGCUGAUAAGCAGGAUUGGGGCCAUUUUGAAUUGAAGUCAGUAAAUUCUGGAAGCAAACUUAAAUUCUUAUUCAAUAAUAGAAAAAUGGCAUCUAUUUUCAAUUACUUUUCAAUAAACUGAAAAGGAUAAGCUUUUUAUUUCAAACGUUUUUUCCAUUUUAGAAUUGUAACUAAUUAAUUUCCUGAAUUGAGUGACUUCAAUUUGAAUGGACCCCAACCCUGGUGAUAAGGUGAAUGGAAAUGCACUGAGUAAACCACGAGCCAAAACAUCUGUUGUGUACAUGAAGACCUGUGAAAUAAUAUUUCUAAAAAAUCUAAGUAUCUUCUCUCUCUUCUUCCCUGUAUAGGUUCCGUUUCAGCGGGCGUAUCCUGGGCCUGGCUCUGAUCCACCAAUACCUACUGGAUGCCUUCUUCACUAGACCCUUCUACAAGGGCCUGCUGCGCAUGUACGUAUCCACCACCUGGACUGUCUAAUUAUAGGUAUACACUAGGGGUAUUCAACUCUUACCCUACAAGGUCCAGCGCCUGCUAGUUUUCUGUUCUACAUGAUAAUUCAUUGCACACACCUGGUGUCCCAGGUCUAAAUCAGUCCCUGAUUAGAGGGGAACAAUGAAAACAUGCAGUGGAAACAGGUUUGGCGUUCCAGUGUUGAAUUUAGGGCUAUACAAUAUGUAACUAGAGAGUAUUUUUCUGACAUUUUAAGCCUAAAUCCAUUUUACUCUACUAUAUUCUAUUCUACUCAAUUUUACUCUAUUAUAUUCUACUCUAUUCUACUCUAUUCUAUUCUACUCUAUUCUACUCUAUUCUAUAGCAUAUGUGAGCUGAGUGAUCUGGAGUAUCUGGAUGAGGAAUUCCACCAGAGUCUCCAGUGGAUGAAGGACAACGACAUCGAGGACAUGUUGGACCUCACCUUCACUGUCAAUGAGGAGGUGUUCGGACAGGUGUGUGUGUGUGUGUGUGUGUGUGUGUGUGUGUGUGUGUGUGUGUGUGCGUGUGUGUGUGUGUGUGUGUGUGUGCGUGUGCUGUGUGUGUGUGAGUUAUAAAGCUUAUGUGUAUGUACUGCGUGUGUAGAUCACAGAGAGAGAGCUGAAGCCGGGCGGGGCCAACAUCCCAGUGUCAGAGAGGAAUAAGAAGGAGUACAUUGAGCGCAUGGUGAAGUGGCGUAUUGAGAGAGGAGUGGUUCAACAGACAGAGAGCCUGGUCCGGGGCUUCUAUGAGGUACGAUCUACAACAAGGACUUUCUCAAUAAAAUAUCCCAUCAAAUAUCUCCUGAUGCAUAUUCUGAUAAAGGUAGACUCAGCAAUAUCAUCAUACACAGUGGGGCAACUUCCUGCUCACAGACAUCAACAACAACUGAAUUCAAAUUAGGCAAGACUAAUGUAGCUAAAGGCUGUAGUGUGGUUGAAUGUAUUAUGAAGACUGUAUAAUGGGAUUGAGUUUGUUGUGUUUGUAAUAAUAAUAUAUGCCAUUUAGCUUUUAUCCAAAGAGACUCACAGUCAUGCAUGCAUACAUUUGACAUAUGGGUGGUGCCGGGAAUCAAACCCAGCGGCGUUACAAGCGCCAGGCUCUACCAACCGAGCUACAAAGGACCACAAAGGUUGUGGUCAUCGUUUGUAACCUGGAUGCCCUGUAACCUGGAUGCCCUGUGCUGUGCCAUGCAGGUGGUGGAUGCCAGGCUGGUGUCAGUGUUUGAUGCCAGGGAGCUGGAGCUGGUGAUAGCUGGCACCGCUGAGAUAGACCUGGUAGACUGGAGGAGCAACACAGAUUACAGAGGAGGUAUGAACUGGGGGGAGAGGGUGGGAGGGGGGAGACGGGGGAGACGGGAGGGGGGGUGAGAGGAAGAGACGGGGGGAGGGAGAUACGGGGGGAGGGAGAAAGGGGAGGGAGAUACAGGGGGAGGGAGAAGGGGAGAAAGGGGGAGGGGGGGGAGAGAGAGGGGGAGAGGGAGAUACAUGGGGAGGGGGGAGAGGGGAGGAUGGGGAGAGGGAGAGGGAGAGACGGGGGAGAGGGAGAUACAGGGAGGGAAGGAGAGGAGACGGGGAGAGGGGAGAGAUGGAGGGGAGAGGGAGAGUGUAGAGGAGAGAAGGGGAGUAAGGGGGAGACGGGAAGGAGAACAGGGGAGGGGAACGGGGGAGAGGGAGAGAUGAGGGAGGGGGGAUGGGACGUGUAGAGGGAGAGACAGGGGGUAGAGGGGUGAGACGGGGAGAGGGAGAUACAGGGGGAGGGGAGACGGGGGGAGAGGGAGAGAUGAGGGAGGGGGGGGAGACGUGUAGAGGGAGAGACAGGGGGUAGAGGGGUGAGACGGGGAGAGGGAGAUACUGGGGGUGGGGGAAGACGGGGGAGACGAAGGGAGGGGGUAGAAACCUGGAUUAGCAACACCUAUUACAGAGGAUGUACAGUGGGGAGAACAAGUAUUUGAUACACUGCUGAUUUUGCAGGUUUUCCUACUUACAAAGCAUGUAGAGGUCUGUCAUUUUUAUGAUAGGUACACUUCAACUGUGAGAGACGGAAUCUAAAACAAAAAUCCAGAAAAUCACAUUGUAUGAUUUUUAAGUAAUUAAUUUGCAUUUUAUUGCAUGACAUAGGUAUUUGAUACAUCAGAAAAGCAGAACUUCAUAUUUGGUACAGAAACCUUUGUUUGCAAUUACAGAGAUCAUACGUUUCCUGUAGGUCUUGACCAGGUUUGCACACACUGCAGCUGGGAUUUUGGCCCACUCCUCCAUACAGACCUUCUCCAGAUCCUUCAGGUUUCGAGGCUGUCGCUGGGCAAUACGGACUUUCAGCUCCCUCCAAAGAUUUUCUAUUGGGUUCAGGUCUGGAGACUGGCUAGGCCACUCCAGGACCUUGAGAUGCUUCUUACGGAGCCACUCCUUAGUUGCCCUGGCUGUGUGUUUCGGGUCGUUGUCAUGCUGGAAGACCCAGCCACGACCCAUCUUCAAUGCUCUUACUGAGGGAAGGAGGUUGUUGGCCAAGAUCUCGCGAUACAUGGCCCCAUCCAUCCUCCCCUCAAUACGGUGCAGUCGUCCUGUCCCCCUUGCAGAAAAGCAUCCCCAAAGAAUGAUGUUUCCACCUCUAUGCUUCACGGUUGGGAUGGUGUUCUUGGGGUUGUACUCAUCCUUCUUCUUCCUCCAAACACGGCGAGUGUAGUUUAGACCAAAAAGCUCUAUUAUUGUCUCAUCAGACCACAUGACCUUCUCCCAUUCCUCCUCUGGAUCAUCCAGAUGGUCAUUGGCAAACUUCAGACGGGCCUGGACAUGCGCUGGCUUGAGCAGGGGGACCUUGCGUGCGCUGCAGGAUUUUAAUCCAUGACGGCGUAGUGUGUUACUAAUGGUUUUUUUUGAGACUGUGGUCCCAGCUCUCUUCAGGUCAUUGACCAGGUCCUGCCGUGUAGUUCUGGCCUGAUCCCUCACCUUCCUCAUGAUCAUUGAUGCCCCACGAGGUGAGAUCUUGCAUGGAGCCCCAGACCGAGGGUGAUUGACCGUCAUCUUGAACUUCUUCCAUUUUCUAAUAAUUGCGCCAACAGUUGUUGCCUUCUCACCAAGCUGCUUGCCUAUUGUCCUGUAGCCCAUCCCAGCCUUGUGCAGGUCCACAAUUUUAUCCCUGAUGUCCUUACACAGAUCUCUGGUCUUGGCCAUUGUGGAGAGGUUGGAGUCUGUUUGAUUGAGUGUGUGGACAGGCGUCUUUUAUACAGGUAACGAGUUCAAACAGGUGCAGUUAAUACAGGUAAUGAGUGGAGAACAGGAGGGCUUCUUAAAGAAAAAUUAACAGGUCUGUGAGAGCCGGAAUUCUUACUGGUUGGUAGGUGAUCAAAUACUUAUGUCAUGCAAUAAAAUGCAAAUUAAUUAGUUAAAAAUCAUACAAUGUGAUUUCCUGGAUUUUUUUUCUGAAAUUACAGACCUCUACAUGCUUUGUAAGUAGGAAAACCUGCAAAAUCAACAGUGUAUCAAAUACUUGUUCUCCCCACUGUAUACCAAUGGCUGAAUCCCAAAUGACACCCUAUUCCCUAUAUAGUGCACUACUUGUCCAAGGUAGUGCACUAUGUAGGGCAGGGUUCUUCAAUUCCGGUCCUGGAGGGCCGAAACACUUCUGUUUUUUAUUUCUACCUGGUAGUUAAUUGCACUCACCUGGUGUCCCAGGUCUGAAUUAGCCCCUGAUUAGAAGGAGAGGAUGAAAAACAGAGGUGUUUCGGCCCUCCAGGACCGGAAUUGAAGAACCCUGAUGUAGGGAAUAGGGUGUAAUUUAAGACACAGACAAUAACUUGAUGUAUAUAGCCCUUUUCAUAAUGUCCUUUAGAGCUGCUGUCUGGGUCUUAGGCAGCAGUAAAGAUAGUGCAUUGUUCCAUUCAGAUGUAGAAGGAAAUGUUUUUAAAUGUCUUUCCAAUUAGGAAGAGCUGUUAGAGAAAGGGUUGUACAGUGGGGAAAAAAAGUAUUUAGUCAGCCACCAAUUGUGCAAGUUCUCCCACUUAAAAAGAUGAGAGAGGCCUGUAUUUUCAUCAUAGGUACACGUCAACUAUGACAGACAAAUUGAGAAAAAAAAAUCCAGAAAAUCACAUUGUAGGAUUUUUAAUGAAUUAUUUGCAAUGAGGGUGGAAAAUAAGUAUUUGGUCACCUACAAACAAGCAAGAUUUCUGCCUCUCACAGACCUGUAAUUUUCUUCUUUAAGAGGCUCCUCUGUCCUCUACUUGUUACCUGUAUUAAUGGCACCUGUUUGAACUUGUUAUCAUUUAUAAAAGACACCUGUUCACAACCUCAAACAGUCACACUCCAAACUCCACUAUGGCCAAGACCAACGAGCUGUCAAAGGACACCAGAAACAAAAUUGUAGACCUGCACCAGGCUGGGAAGACUGAAUCUGCAAUAGGUAAGCAGCUUGGUUUGAAGAAAUCAACUGUGGGAGCAAUUAUUAGGAAAUGGAAGACAUACAAGACCACUGAUAAUCUCCCUCGAUCUGGGGCUCCACGCAAGAUCUCACCCCGUGGGGUCAAAAUGAUCACAAGAACGGUGAGCAAAAAUCCCAGAACCACACGGGGGGACCUAGUGAAUGACCUGCAGAGAGCUGGGACCAAAGUAACAAAGCCUACCAUCAGUAACACACUACGCCGCCAGGGACUCAAAUCCUGCAGUGCGAGACGUGUCCCCCUGCUUAAGACAGUACAUGCCCAGGCCUGUCUAAAGUUUGCUAGAGUGCAUUUGGAUGAUCCAGAAGAGGAUUGGGAGAAUGUCAUAUGAAACCAAAAUAGAACUUUUUGGUAAAAACUCAACUCGUCGUGUUUGGAGGACAAAGAAUGCUGAGUUGCAUCCAAAGAACACCAUACCUACUGUGAAUCAUGGGGGUGGAAACAUCAUGCUUUGGGGCUGUAUUUCUGCAAAGGGACCAGGACGACUGAUCCGUGUAAAGGAAAGAAUGAAUGGGGCCAUGUAUCGUGAGAUUUUGAGUGAAAACCUCCUUCCGUCAGUAAGGGCAUUGAAGAUGAAACGUGGCUGGGUCUUUCAGCAUGACAAUGAUCCCAAACACACCACCUGGGCAACGAAGGAGUGGCUUCGUAUGAAGCAUUUCAAGGUCCUGGAGUGGCCUAGCCAGUCUCCAGAUCUCAACCCCAUAGAAAAUCUUUGGAGGGAGUUGAAAGUCCAUGUUGCCCAGCGACAGCCCCAAAACAUCACUGCUCUAGAGGAGAUCUGCAUGGAGGAAUGGGCCAAAAUACCAGCAACAGUGUGUGACAACCUUGGGAAGACUUACAGAAAACGUUUGACCUGUGUCAUUGCCAACAAAGGGUAUAUAACAAAGUAUUGAGAAACUUUUGUUAUUGACCAAAUACUUAUUUUCCACCAUAAUUUGCAAAUAAAUUCAUAAAAAAUCCUACAAUGUGAUUUUCUGGAUUUUUUUUCCUCAUUUUGUCUGUCCUAGUUGACUUGUACCUAUGAUGAAAAUUACAGGCCUCUCUCAUCUUUUUAAGUGGGAGAACUUGCACAAUUGGGGCUGACUAAAUACUUUUUUUCCCCACUGUAUAUAACAGUAUACCCUAGCAAGCUGUCUGGUUAAAAAGCCAAAGUAGCUAUGCCUAAGUAGCCAGGCUACUGAGUGACUCAUGUCUGUCUGUCUGUCUGUCUUCCUGCCUCCCUCAGGUUACCAUGACAACCACAUAGUGAUCCGUUGGUUCUGGGCGGCGGUGGAGAGAUUCAACAACGAGCAGAGACUCAGGCUGCUGCAGGUGGGGGUGCACACACACACACACACACACACACAGACACAUACACACACACACAUGCACACAUAUACAAACACAUACACACACAUAUACAAACAACACACACACAAACACAACACACUACAACACACACCCCAACACAAUACAACACACACAACACAAAUAACAAACACAUACACACACAACACACACACACGACACAACACACACAACACAACACACACACACAACACACACACACACAACAACAACACACACACACACACACAAACACAACACACACACACACACACAACACACACACACAACACCCCACACACACACAACACACACACACAACCACAACACCAAACACUACACACACACAACACACACACACACACACACACACAACAACACAACACACACACACCACACAACAACAACACACAACACAACACACACACCUACCACACACACACACACACACACCAACACAUACACACACACACACACACGUAACACACCUUCCUUCAUCUCGCAGUUGUACGACCUCCAUAUCCCUACAGUUUCUCCCCCUCCGAGCAAGCAACACCCAGGUCUGUGUGAGAAAGCGAAACCUCUCUACCGUCUUUACUACUCUGUAGGUGACGGGGACCUCCAGUAUUCCCUACGAGGGUUUCUCCUCUCUCCGAGGCAGCAACGGACCCCGCAGGUUCUGUGUGGAGAAAUGGGGUAAAGUUACCUCUCUACCCAGGUAAACUAUUGAGCUAACUUCACUUGUAAGGCUAAGUGAACUAAUGUAGUACAGCAUUUAUCAAUUUGAGCAUAAUGUAUGAAAAUGGAUUAUAGAGACUGUUGUUGUUGUAUUCACUGUGUUUGCGGUUGUCUCCUCUCCAGGGCUCACACCUGUUUCAACCGGCUGGACCUCCCCCCAUAUCCCUCAUUCUCCAUGCUGCACGAGAAGAUGCUCACUGCCGUGGAGGAGACCAGCACCUUCGGCCUGGAGUGAUGACCCCUAUCACCUUUAACCUUUAACCCCCCCACUCCUCCUACGACCUUUGACCCUGACCUCUGAACUGUAGUAUCACAGAGGUAGAGGAACCCAAGGGGUUCAAGGGGAUGACUGUCUAGUCUGUCUGGCACCCUAUUGUAUCUUUAUACACACUCACUUUAUACACACUCACCUUCCUGAAGUGAGCUGAACAGAGGAGAAUAGACUGAUGUCUAUCAGAGGGUAUCAACCCCGCACAACGCCAGGGUUUCCCUGUGACGGUUAAGGUCACUUAGACACACUGCCAACACAAACCAAAGGAGAGCACCCUAACCCUCACACCCUUGUUACUCCAUUAGACCAAUGGGAGAGAUGGACUCGUAAGCCUCCAACCAAUCGCAAUGAAGGAACAAAAACCAGUCUCGUAAGGACGUUGGUGGUCGAGCUUUUCCUGAAGAGGAAAGUAAACAAAGCUGCUUUAUCUCUGAGAGGCUGAGGCGGACAUCACAGGACAUCGCUCCUCUCGGAGAGGCUGAGGCGGACAUCACAGGACAUCGCUCCUCUCAGAGAGGCUGAGGCGGACAUCACAGGACAUCGCUCCUCUCAGAGAGGCUGAGGCGGACAUCACAGGACAUCGCUCCUCUCAGAGAGGCUGAGGCGGACAUCACAGGACAUCGCUCCUCUCAGAGAGGCUGAGGCGGACGUCACAGGACAUCGCUCCUCUCAGAGAGGCUGAGGCGGACAUCACAGGACAUCGCUCCUCUCAGAGAGGCUGAGGCGGACAUCACAGGACAUCGCUCCUCUCAGAGAGGCUGAGGUGGACGUCACAGGACAUCGCUCCUCUCAGAGAGGCUGAGGCGGACGUCACAGGACAUCGCUCCUCUCGGAGAGGCUGAGGUGGACGUCACAGGACAUCGCUCCUAUGAAGAGGUGUGUUGCUCCUGGAGAGGGGGAUGAGAGGAGAGAGAAAGAAGACAAGACAGGUGUUGUUCAUCUGCUGUGGCCACGCCUCCUGCCCUGUCAGAGAGAGAAUCAACCAAUCAAGGUCCAGGCAGCUUUGUGACCUGACCUUGUUGAACACUCUGACA